AAUAGCAUUUAUCUGUCAAAAGUUUUCGAACAUGUGUAAAUGGUUCAUGAAACGUACAAAUCUUUAAAAUACAUUAUAUUAAAAUAAAGAAUAUUACUUCACUUUGUAAAGUUGGAUAUGAUUUUCAUCAAAUUAAAAUUAUAUUACUGUUGAUUGGAGAUUGUGUUAUUAACUUAGGAAUAUUUAAAUGACGAAUUCACGAGAAGAUAUGCUAAGAUGGCCAAAGACAACUUCGGGAACCUUUCUAGGAAUGUCUUAUCAACAUUUAAUACGAUUUAUAUUUUCACAACCGAGAUUUCAUUAAAUAAAGAAUAUGUAACAUUAAAAAUAAUUAACGAUCAUAGACAUGGAGUUAUUUGUUCUGUAACACUUAUAGUAAUAAUUUACAUGAGCUUUAUUUGUAUAUUUGCGAUUAUAUCAUUUUGUUUGAAAGUCAGAGAUAUUACUCAAAACAAUUAUAAAGAAAAGAUGAAUAGCGAAAAUACCAAUAUUGAAAAGAACAUUGUAAGUGCGUUUAAUUGUAUAGGAGAUGGUAAUUUCACUUUGCAAUGUAAUGAUUUAUUUAAGAACUCUGUCGCUAAUAAUACUAUAGACAUUGAAAAUAUUUCAAAGACCAAGUCAGUGAAGUCUCAAGCAACUCCAAUCUCAUCCAAUCAAUUACCAAAUGCAUCUAAUUAUGAAGAAAAUAUUUGUUCAAAAUCUUUUCCCUUUGAAAGUGAAAAACCUCCUUUGCCUAAUAACAGUGAUUUAUGUACCAACAGUCCAGAAUCGAAUGUAUUUAAUUUUGAUUUACUUCCGAAUAAAGAUCAUAUGUACAAUUAUCAUUUACAUUCGCCACUGAUGGUUGACAAUAUUGCUUACUACACUCCUAAAACAUGCAAUAGCCAAGGUUUUUCUGAAUAUAAUACAUGUGAUAAAUCAAUUGGUUUAAGUAUGCCAGCAAGGUGUCAGGAGAAAUCAGAAACAUGCAAUAUUGAAUGCUCUGUGGAUUUUGAUGGAGUAGUUAACUCUCCCGAGAGUUGUGAAUAUUAUUCUGCAAAGUCAACAAUCAAAACACCUGAGUAUUUUAAAUUUCCUGAGUCCCAAGAGUUAGUAACUGAUAAUAUGUGUGAAGAUUCUAUAAAAAAGACUAAACAGUGGUUAAUUAAUGAUAGAGAAGAUGACAUAAGCACUGUUUUUGCUAAAAACUUAAAUAUAGACUGUUCUACAAUAAUGCAUCGACGAGCUCGUUUAAAAUCAAUCUCUUUGGAUUCCACAAUAAUAGAUUUUAUGGACGACCCUUUGCCGACCACAACUGUGAGUGCUUCAGAAAAUGCUUCAGUGGUGAUAAACAAUAAUAGUGUUGUUGAUGCUAAAGAUAUUGAUAAGCGCAAGAAGUUGAGAAAUCUCAAAUCAUUGACUUUAAAUCUGAACCAUAAAGAUGAAAAUUUGCAACAUAAUAUCUCAGUACGUGAUUGUGCUUUUAAAACUCCAACUUUAAUUCAAAGUAAACAAAAAGCAAUUUCCUUGGAUUUAAGUGAUGACUGUACUCCGCACUUUAAGUUUUCUAUGAAUAAUACAACUAUUCAAAAUAUAUCUGCAUCUGUGCCAAAUACACCAAAAAAGUUUAUCAAAAAAAAUGCAAGAACAUUUAAUCAAACAAAGAGAAACAACUACAAUAAUAUGAGUUUUCCAGAGUCGUUAAAUAUUUUUCAGAUGGAUGACGCUGAUUCUGGAGAUGCUAUUUAUAUAUCAAAUCAUCGUUUUCCAGAAUAUCAUUCACCUCAGAAGUCUGUUAGCACGGAAUGUCUAUUAGAAAGAUUGGACUUAACUUGUGAUAACAAAUGCUCCACGCGAGUUGUUUUUGGAUCUGCGGACAAUAUACGUUACAGUGAUGUCCAUCGCAUUGAGAGCGCCUAUUGUGUAUUCGAAGAUCAGCCUAGAUUAAUAACAACGCGACCAAUAAGUCCGCGGGCCGAUUCUGAAGAUUUCCGAACUCAUUUGGCUAACUUGGAAAUACUUCGUAGUGCUUCUAAUGUGCUUUGCAGACGACAACUAAAAGAGUUGAAUAUUAUAUUCGAGCGGAGGUAUUCCGCAAAUAAAAACGAGAAUUGCGAAGUUGAGGCCUCUGAAAAGGCAGUUAUUGCAGAAGACUCAUUUUGUAAAGAUAUUGAUUAUAAUGCAGACAACAUAACUAAAAAUCAGAAAUCAAGUUCAUUAAAUAAUACCUGUUCAAAUGAGUUAAAACAUCAUUAUAAGACUGAACAAACUGUAGUGAUGGACAACAAAAGCAUUGAUACUUUAUCAAAUAUAGAUAAACUAUUUUCAACGUCUGAAGUUUUGGUUUCAAAUAAUCUUGAACAUCAAUAUAAAACGUUGCUUCUGAGUUUACAUAGAGAAUUCUGGAAUCUUCCGAACAAUUUUCAAGAUAAACCAACUGUAUAUGGUUCUCAAACCAAAAACCGAUAUAAUCAAAUUUUACCUAAUGAACAUUCUAGAGUGGUUUUAAAUGAAAAAACUCCCUGUAAUACAGAAGGAUAUAUAAAUGCAAAUUAUAUAAAGGGAUACGACAAUCUAGCUGAGGCUUAUAUAGUUACACAAGGACCAUUGUCCCAUACGACAUAUGACUUUUGGUCUAUGGUGUAUCAAAAUGCUUCUAAAGAAAGUAGUGCUUCUAAAAAUGCAAACAUACUCGAAGUUAGUCAUUUACAAAAUCCAAACUAUCAGAAAAUAGUUAUGCUGACCGAUUUAGCUGAGAGUAAUUACCAGAAAUGUUCUCCUUAUUUUCCUAUGCACAAUGGCGAAUCAAUGGAAUUCUUUUUUGAUGGAAAUAAUAUCUUGAGUGAUAAUUCGUGUACUAGUACUAACGUGCUAGAUAGGGCUAGUAAAUACUCAGUCUAUGAAGUAUCAAAUGCAGGUGUUAUUUUUAAACAUGGAUAUAGCCUUAGACGUCUUUUUGUCAAAAGAAGAAGAAAUUUGCAGAAUGAAAAUCGAAAUCAAGACUGUUUAGAAGUAUUUCAUUAUUGGUUUGAGGGCUGGCCCGAUCAUAAGAGCCCUGAUGAUGUUCAAGUAUUGUUGGAUAUGUGCUUGCAUAUACUGGAUGAUGACUGUUCUUCUGAAUUUGAUAAUGAUUAUUUAGUAAUAUCCGAUAAGAACCCUGCUAUCGGUAGUGACUCGAAGUACGGAAGCUGUGCUCCUGAUACGGAUAGUUUACAAAGACAUUCAAAUAUUAGUCCUUUUCCUAUAAUUCACUGUUCAGCUGGAAUUGGACGCACAGGUUGCUUGGUUGCUGUGUUAAAUGGUGUAAAACAACUGCGUGAUACUCAGAAAGUCGAUGUGUUGGGAAUUGUUAGUGCAAUGAGACUAUCUCGUGGUGGUAUGGUACAAAAUUCUGAACAAUAUGAGCUUGUUCAUAGAGCACUUUGUGCAUAUGAACAAAGAAUUAGUCAAGAUGAAGAUAAAUUCAAAUAAAAUAUUAUAUAAUAUGUUGUAGAUAAA